AUGGAAAGCUCAGAUUCCGACGAUGAAGAAGACAGAGUUUCAGUCCAACGCAGAAGUCAGAUAGACCGAAAGGCUCGAGAAGAUGAUUACUACAGAUUCGUAAGUGAUCUGAGUGAAGAAGAUUACAUACUUAUGAGGGACAACAAUUUGCUCGGCCCGCUAGGUGAAAGUACAGAAGAAGAGUUGCUGAGGAGACUUCAAUUAAUAAAAGAAAACCCACCACAAAACUCAGAUGAAAAUCCAGAUAGAGGAGAUGCAAAUGUGACAAGUGAACAAAAAGAAAAUCAGUCUUGGAAAGAAGAGAGCCCAACUAGUGCUAACAGUGAUGAGCUCAGAUUUGGCUUAGAAAGAAAUCUUGACCCUGAUGAUGACAACUCAAAUCCAGAGAAUGAAUGUGUAGCAUCUGCAAAACUUCCCAGAAGAGAAGAUAUGGAAGACAGCCAAAGGCAAGUGGAACGUCCACAAUCUGAGUCACUAUUUACAAGACCAUCUACACCAGAACAAGAUAUGACAGAAACAUUAAUGGAAGUCCCACAGACUGGAAGUCAGAGAAGACUAAGAAGUAGGAGCCCAGUCUAUCGCAGAACCAGAGCAAGGACUGACAGUUGGUCACCUCCACAUUCACGGUGGGAAAUUUUUCAAAGAAUUAAUGAAGAUAUACCAUCUCAGACUUUUAAGCAACCUCUCAUAAGUGAGAAUGAGAGAUUUUCUAGAACUGGGCAUGAAGAAACUUUGAGACAGCAAAUGCCUGGACAUGAGUUGCAAAAUAGGGAUCUUAUUGAAACUUCUACAACUAGGAAUGCUGUUCAUGAAGAAUGUUAUUCAGACACAACGUGCAGUAGUGAAUCUUGGGAAGUGAUGGAAACAAAUCUAACCACUCCCUUCAAUCUUGAAGUAGGACGAGUUCAUUAUCAAGCAUGUUCUCUGAUAGACAGCAGAGUUAGUAGAACUCAGUUAACAUCUGACUCACCAAACAACACUAUCACUUCAGAAAGUGAGCAAGAAGAACUGAAGCCUGUGUUUUCACAUUCUGACGAGGCCAAUGAGAGUGCUUAUGUCAAUACAAUCGGAAAUCCUGCUCAUAGAAAUUUAAAUACUAGCUUAAGUGAUACAACAUCUGUUCCAACUCAGAGUACAUUAUGGCCGACAAUGACAGGAUUUAGUUACUCAAGUAAUCUUAUGGACAGUGACAGUAAUUUAGAGCAUAGUGUCUCACCUCCAAGUGAAUACAUAGAAAGGGGAGAGUCACCAAAUGAAAGACAUGGACCCAGUGGUAGUGAUAGUCGACCUGGUUCUGCUUCAAAUGCUAGAUAUGAUCCUGAUUCAAGUUUAAUAGUGAUAUCAGAUUCAAGCCCCUAUUCAAUUUCCAGCUCUGCAUCCAGUCCUAUCUUAAUUUCUAGCUCAAAUAAUGAAGAUUCAGAAACUAGCUCUCUGAUCUUUGUAGGCAGUGAAGAAAGAAGCUUAUCAACAGGCUUAUCAGAGACCAGGCAAGAAGGUGGACGAAUGACCCCAAUAAUACUUGAUGAUAGUGACUCUGGGUCCUCCCUUAGUCUGGAUCAGUUUUUCCUGCUAAAUGAAGAUGACCCAUACGAAACUAUAGGACUUACCAAAGCACAGAUUGACAACUUGGCUUUAAGAUCUUUUGGAGAGAAUGAAGAAUUUAAAGCCUGUAGCAUUUGUAUCACAGAGUACACCGAAGGCAACACACUACGCAUCCUACCUUGCUCCCAUGAAUUUCAUGAUCACUGCAUUGAUCACUGGCUGGCUGAGCACGUAACCUGUCCGAUUUGUCGUGGGCCAGUAGUGGAUCCCUCUGAGGUAGAUAAUUCCAUGUGA